CUAUUGGGUUCAACAAUCUCGUCAACAAUCAUUAGUAGAAACUAAUACUAAUAGUUUUGUGUCUAACGAAAUAGACCAACAGUCAUUUGUAAAAUAUAACAAUCCAUCUACAAUUGAAGACCGAGUAAUUCUUUGUUUUAAGAAAACUCUUGGUCUGAACAAUAUCGAUAUAAAUAGUAACUUUUUUAAUUGCGGCGGUGAUUCUCUUGUAGCAGUAUCGCUAAUCAGUUUAUUAAACAAAGAAUUUAAUAUUAGUCUUUUAUCAUUAAAAGUUCUAUUCAACUCUCCAACACCCCUUGAUUUAGCUAAUUAUAUUAAGGAACUUUUAAGGACAAACAUUUCGCCUACAAUUAAUAGUGAUUUUAAUAGAUCAACAUCAAUAACAAAACUCAAACACGGAAGCGAAACUGUUAAGCCAAUUUAUAUGAUACAUCCAAUAAGUGGAUCUUGUUUAUUUUAUAAAGAUAUUGUCAGUUCAUUAGGAAAUAUAACAGUUUAUGG